AUGCCCAGGAGGAAGCAGGAGCAGCCCAAGCGCCUCUCUUCACACGGUACUAGACAGGAAGAAGUGGAAGGUGAACUCAGUGAAGAAGAACGUUGGUUUGGAAAUUCAUCAGAGACUCCUUCAGAAGCAUCAUAUGGAGAAGUGCAGGAGAACUUUAAGCUGUCUCUUGAGGACAGAAUCCAAGAGCAGUCCACAUCCCCAGAUACUUCCUUGGGAAGUGCAACUCCGAGCAGCAACACGGUGGAGGUGGGAACCAUUGAAAAUGAAGCUGUAAGAGACACGUUACACAGCAGAGAGCACCAUUCUCCUGAGGUGCCAUCUCUGUGUGAAGAAGAUUCUCCUGGUCCAAAUAAGCCACUGAGCAGUAACCUGAGACGGCUCCUGGAGGGUGGCUCCCUCAAGCUGGAUACUGCUGUUGCCGUCAAUGGUAGAGUUGAGUCUCCUGUAAAUCUUGGCUCGAAUCUCUCAUUCUCUCCUCCUGCCCAUCAUGCCCAGCAGCUGAGUGUUCUUGCCAGGAAGCUUGCUGAGAAACAGGAGACAAGUGACCAGUACAAUGCAAGUAAUCACUUUAUAUGGAAUCAAGGUAAGUGGUUGCCAAACUCAACCACCACCUGUGGUUUGUCACCUGAUUCAGCUAUCCUGAAACUGAAAGCUGCAGCUAAUGCCGUUUUGCAGGACAAAUCUCUUUCAAGGACUGAAGACACUAUAAGAUUUGAAUCCUUUUCUUCACCUUUUAGUUCUCAGUCUGCCAGCUCCACCUUAGCAGCUUUAUCAAAGAAAGUGAGUGAAAGAAGCAUGACUCCUGGGCAGGAGCACCCGCCGCCAGCAAGCUCUUUCCUUUCUCUGGCUUCCAUGACCUCUUCAGCUGCCCUUCUCAAGGAGGUUGCUGCAAGGGCUGCAGGCACCCUGCUGGCUGAGAAGAAAUCACUGGUUGCUGAGGAUCCCCUGCAACUUUCAGAGAUGAAGCAAGAGAAAGCAACCCCACCACAGUCUUUGGAAUUAUUGUUACUGCCAGUCCCCAAGGGAAGAGCAUCCAAACCCCCUAGUACAGCCUCAGAGGAAGAAGGAGGAAAACCUUUCCAGUGUCCAAUCUGUGGUUUGGUUAUCAAGAGGAAGAGUUACUGGAAACGGCACAUGGUGAUUCAUACAGGUUUAAAAAGUCAUCAAUGUCCACUCUGUCCAUUUCGCUGUGCACGCAAGGACAAUCUCAAAUCACACAUGAAGGUCCAUCAGCAUCAGGACAGGGGUGAGACCUUUCAAUGCCAGCUGUGCCCUUUUACCUCCUCACGCCACUUCAGCCUGAAACUCCAUAUGCGCUGCCAUCAGCAUUUCCUCAGGACAGAAUCCAAAGUGAAGGAGGAAAUACCAGAAACAGAGGUGAAGGGGUCACCACAGCUAACUAGUGACUCCUGCCCUGGCCCACAGAGGGAAGGAGGUGGACCUGACCUCCCGGGAUCAUUGGCUGUGUCUAAAACGCCUGAGGUGGCCGGGCAGCCUAGUGGAGGCAUUCCACCUUUGCUAGUGAAAGAAGAGCCCAAAGACAACACCGGCCUCGCAGCCUCACCUUUUGCUCUUAGUACUGUUGAUAGAGCCCCCAACAACACCAAGCUGAAGGACUCCCCUGACUUUGUGGCCAACACAGCAUCGGCACUAUUCAGUCAAGACAUCUCUGUCAAGAUGGCAUCAGAUUUUCUCAUGAAGCUGUCAG